GGGACGCGGGCCGAGGCCGCCACCCGUGCGGCGUCCCCGGGCCCCGCUCCUGCUCCCGGCGCCGCGCACUGGCUGGCGGGGCCGGAGAGGCGGCGCCGGCCGGCGGGGCGGGGGCCCCGAAGUGGGUUUCGGGCCGCCACCAGCGCUGGCACCCGGCACAGAGGGCGGCGCGCGGCGGACUCCGCGCCCGGGCACCGCACCGGGCCGCCGCCGGCUUUGCCUCUCUGCCCCGGCCCGGAAAACCCGGCGCCUUCCAGGCCCUUCGAAAGAUGGAUUCUGUUGACGUAUCUGGCGGCCCUGGCGAGCCGGGUGGAAAGUUGGGUUUUGCCAGAUCGCGCUGGGCUUGUCUUUGUGACGCUCGGCCAGCCCCGCAUCCCCCCGAAGCCGGGCCCGGUGGCAUCAGAGCUGAGUGAUGGACGAUCUGCGGUCCCAGAACCUCUCCGUGGACAUGACUGAGUCCACUCCCGCCUUGGCCAGUAACAGACUGGAGAAUGGCAUGGCCCAGCUCAUCACCACCGAGGCCUGGAACAUCAACUCCACUGACCUGGUAAAGAAGGCCCUGGUGACCGUGCCGGCCCCGUCCAUCCUGAACCCCCCGGCCGAGUCCCAGAGCGGCAUGGCUCUGAAGGUGGCAGCCACCGUGCUGCAGCCCCUGUGCCUUGGGGAGAGCCCAGUGGUGAUGCCCAUUCACAUGCAGGUGGAGGGAAGCUCCGCACCCGAGCUCCAGCCUAACGGCAAUGCCGCCUAUGUCAUGACCACGCAGGGCCCCGUGCAGCUGCCCGUGGUGCUGGAGCAGCACGUCUUCCAGCACCUCAACUCCCCUCUGGUCCUGCCGCAGGAGGCCCCGUGCUCCUCCAGUGCCAUCCACAACAACCUGUUCCAGGGAGCCGAGGACCCUGAGGCGCAGCCCCAGCUCCUGGACCUGCGCAUCCCCAACCAGCCGCAGGAGCCCACCUUGCCGUUCGAAGCCGUGCUCCAGAAUCUGUUCCCUUCUCAGGGCGCGCUCGGCCCCCCACCCUGCCAGCCUCCUCCUGGAUACGCCCCUAUGCCUCCCCAGGCCUUCAACUCCCCGCUGUCCCCGCUGGUCCCUCCAGCCACCCUCUUGGUGCCCUACCCAGUGAUUGUCCCCUUGCCCGUGCCGGUACCCAUCCCCAUCCCCAUCCCGGUGCCUCAGAGUCCCGAAUCCAAGCUCAGUUCCGCUUGUCCCAAGCCACCGCCUUCCUUUGGCGUGCACCCCUUCAAAGGCGCCCAGCCCCCUCUGGAGAAGGAGGAGCAGAAGCCCUUUGAUAUCCUGCAGCCGAGCGAGUACUUCCAGCUCAGCCGCCGCACGGUCAUCAAGAUGGGGAGCGACAACGAGGCCCUGGACCUCUCCAUGAAGUCGGUGCCCUGGCUUAAGGCCGGCGAAGUCAGUUCCCCCGUCUGCCAGGAAGAUGCGGCCCUAGACCUGUCGCUGGCAGCCCACCGGAAAGCCGAGCCUCCCGCUGAGACACUGUAUGACAGCAGCGGGUCCGUGGGCAGCCCGGGACACGCCGCGAUGGAGAAACUUCCCGGUGGCGUGGAAGUGUCCUUUGCCCCUGCCACGGCCCCGGGGGCCUUGGCUCUGAUGGAUAGCCACGUGGGCGGCAGCCACCCCACCCAGCUGCCCAGCCAGCCCAGCCAAGCCGGCAGCGAGGUCAAGGCUGAAAAUCACAUCGAGAUGGUGAGCGAGUCCCAGGCGGCCAAGGUGAUCGUCUCGGUGGAAGACGCGGUUCCUGCCAUCUUCUGCGGCAAGAUCAAAGGCCUCUCGGGCGUGUCUACCAAGAACUUCUCGUUCAAAAGAGAAGACUCGGUGCUUCAGGGCUAUGACAUCAACAGCCAAGGGGAAGAGCCCAUGGGAAGCACUGAGCCCCUCCGGAAACCCGUCAAAAACCGGAGCAUAAAGUUAAAGAAAGUGAACUCCCAGGAAAUACACAUGCUCCCCAUCAAAAAACAACGGCUGGCCACCUUUUUUCCAAGAAAGUAAAUAAUGGCUUUUUAAAAUUUUUAUGAUUAUAAUAUGGGGAAAGGUGCAUUGGUUUUAUAAAAAGGCCUUUAAAACAAAUUAUCUUUGUUAAUUAUUUUGGGGAGUAGUUGGGAAGCGGGAAAGCAAAUUGACUCUAGAGGCCCUGUAAGCUAGUAUCGUUUUCUUUUUUAAUUUUUGACUUUUCACAAAUGAGUAAAUAAGAGCAACCUAUUUUUCAAGCAGAUUGCACAUUUUUUGCAGCUUUAAUGGAAUAUUGGGUGAAUCAGAGGGGUAAAAAAAAGCUAUUUUCAUUGCCACAAAGUGCUUUGAUGAUGUAAUCCCUGAUAAAGGGUAGGAUGACUAUUUCACAAUAAAUGUUUGUUUGCACUAA